AUGUCGCGGAAGGACCUGAGCAGUGAGCAGGCGGUUCGGGUGGGCUUAGACGAGAACCUCAACAUGUUUAUUGUGAUGGAGCUUUCGGCGAGACCGACUCGGCUCUCGAUCGCCGGACGUUCAAGCAUCAUCGACCCUUCACAUGAGCAGCUCCGCACUGGACGGAUGUCUCAAAGCGAGUCUGUUGUCGACAGAUGGGAGCCGGCAGUUUGUCGCGCGUCUGAAAUGCUAAAAGUGGCCUAG